UUGCUGUAGACGGUCAGAUCAGAUUGGCUGGCUCUGGGUCCACUCGCUGCUCUGGAAGAGUUGAGAUCUUCCACAGCAGCACCUGGGGAACAGUGUGUGAUGAUCACUGGGAUCUAAACGAUGCUCAGGUCGUCUGCAGACAGUUGGGCUGUGGUUCAGCACUGAGCGCCCCUCACUCAGCCCACUAUGGGAUGAUGGCGUUGGGUCCCAGCGGGGCGGGGAAGACGUCCUGCAUCCACACUCUGAUGAGGGCCAUGAGCGAGUGCGGCUCCCCCCACCGAGAGGUCAGGAUGAACCCUAAAGCCAUCACGGCCGCGCAGAUGUUCGGCAUGCUGGACGUCACCACCAACGACUGGACCGACGGCAUCUUCUCCACCCUGUGGAGGAAGACCCUGAAGGCCAAGAAGGGUGAAUAUGUCUGGAUCGUGCUGGACGGUCCGGUGGACGCCAUCUGGAUCGAGAACCUGAACUCCGUUCUGGACGACAACAAAACGUUGACGCUGGCGAAUGGAGACCGGAUCCCUAUGGCUCCCUGCUGCAAG